AUGGCUCGCAUUCUCAUCACUGGCUCGGUCGACGGACUUGGUCUCGAGGCUGCCAGGCAGCUUGUUAACAGAGGACACACCGUAUACCUGCAUGCACGCAAUGAGCAACGUGCAAUGGACGCCAAAUCCGCGUGCCCAGGUGCCGCCGGGGUGUUGACUGCCGACUUAUCCAGGAUGGAAGACACGCAGAAGCUCUGCGACGAUGCCAACGCAAUUGGUGAAUUUGAUGCUGUCAUCCUGAAUGCUGGAAUCAUGCAGGGUGGCUUUCGGAAGAAUGCGAAUACUGGUGUUCCAGCCUUGGUGUCGGUCAACCUUAUCGCACCUUAUGUGAUGUCCUGUUUGCUGCGUCCACCAAAACGCCUGGUUUUCAUUUCCUCAAACCUGCACCGGUACGCAGACAUGGCGAGCCUGGAGGAUAUGUUCUGGUUCAAGCGCGGGGAGGCCAGCUACCAAAGUUACUCGGCAUACUGUGACUCCAAGCUUCAUGUCAUGCUCCUCGCCAAUGCCGUCGCUAGGCGGUUCAGGAACACAUCGGUGACCUCGGUGCACCCCGGGUGGGUGGCAACCAAGCUUGGCGGACACGGUGCCCCAGAUAAGGUGGAGGACGGUGUUGAAACGUAUGUCAUGUUAGCCGAAGGGAAUUAUGAUGAACAGAACCUGUCUGGAGGGUAUUUCGAGCCCAAAGGGAAGAUUGGUCAGCCGAUUCCGGCUGCAAGAGAUGAGAAUUUGCAAGAGAAAGUCGUGGAAGCCUGUGAAGAGGUUACUGGCUUGAAACUGCCGGCUUAA